GUACGAAGUGACCUAUUUUCUGUCGUGGACAUAAACACUGUAAACUGACCAGCGUGGCGAAUAUUUAUAGCGUCCAAACACGAGUUAAAAUUACUUCAAGAUGACAACACAGAGAUACACUCUCCCUAAUAAUGACCAAGGGGCGGUAAAUCUGUUAGGAAAAGUGCUUGCUGAGGGACUGUCUCAGAAAGAGUUGAAUGCAGCUUACGAUGAUGUUAGCAAAGAUUACGACAAGGUGAUGACGGGCAAUGAUUAUCAGGCACCGACCAGCGCGGCUUUAGCUUUGGCGAAAGUUUUUACUGAGGAGGAGCGCCCACAGAAGACAACGCUUGACAUCGGUGCUGGUACCGGACUAUUGGCAGUGGAGAUGAAAAAAUUAGGAUUCAAAAUCAUCGACGCCCUUGAACCGUCCCAAGGAAUGAUUGACGCUGCAAAAGAGAAAGGUCGUUACAGAAAUUACAUCUGCGAGGCCAUUGGCAAAGAACAACUUGACAUUCCAUCCGCAUCAUACGAUAUCGUCACGGUUGUUGGAAGUCACGGAGUGAACCAUAUUGAAAGCGAGGCUCUGUACGAGAUAAUUAGGUUAACAAAGUCAGGUGGAGUCGUAUGCAUCGUGGCUCGUAUGGAGUGUUUAACAAAUCUAGAAGAAUAUAAAGAUACUUUCUUUCCUCUAUGUGAUCAACUUGAAAAAGAAGGAAAAUGGAAAAAGAUCGAUUGCUCAUCAUGUCCGUACUGGAAACAAGUAGAGGGUGUCCAGAUUGUGUAUAAAGUUAGCUGAAUGUCGUUCAUACCUGUAUCUGUAAAAUAAACAAAUUUCUUAUAUUGUAUGAAAGAGGAUCUGUGCCUUUGACGUUUAUGUUACUCCGAAAGCUUAUGCAAGCUGGGGAAUAGUAAAAAUAAAAUGUAUAAAAAUUAA